AUGGCCUCAGCCAACAGCCUUCUGUAUGAAGAACAGCUUCUGUGUUCAAUCUGUCUGGAAGCAUUCAAUGAGCCUGUCUCUACUCCAUGCGGACACAACUACUGCAAGUCUUGUAUCACAGAGUACUGGGCCACCACUAACCUGAUACAAUGUCCGCUCUGUAAGAAAAAGUUCCGCAAAAGACCACAGCUUCAGGUCAACACAGAGUUCAGAGAUAUGGUGGAGCAUUUCAACAACAUGAGAGUGAGUGGUGCAGAUGAGAUCCUUGCCAAACAAGGGGAAGUGCCCUGUGAUGUCUGCCUUGGGCUAAAGCUCAGGGCCCAGAAGACAUGCCUGGUGUGUUUGGCCUCAUACUGCCAGUCUCACCUGGAGCCUCAUCAGAGAGUCUCAGCCCUUAUGAAGCACAAGCUGAUCGACCCAGUGUCAAACAUGGAGGACAAGAUUUGCAAGAAACAUGACAAGAUGUUUGAGCUCUUCUGUCGCUCGGACGAGAUGUGUGUUUGUUUUAUGUGCUUGAAAGAUGACCAUGUAAUGCAUGAAACUGUCCCAUUAGAGCACAUUUUCAAAGAGAGGAAAACAUGGCUUACAACAAUGAUAUCAGAAAUGAAGACAAUUGAAAUCACUAAAUCCACAAGUUAUAAGGGAAUCCAAAACUCACUUGAACAGAGAAAGAAAGAGUCAGAGAAAGAGAUAGCAGACAUUUUUGAGGUAUUCACUGCUCUGGUGGCCUCCCUACAAAGAAGGCAGACUGAGCUGAUUGAAUUGAUCCAGGAGAAGCAUAAAGCAGCAGAGAAGAUGGCUAAAGACCACAUGGCACAGCUUGAACAAGAAGUCACUGAGCUGAAGAGGAGAAGGUCUGAGAUGGAGCAGCUUUUGCAAACAGAGGACCACCUCCACCUACUGCAGAGCUGGGCCUCCAGCCAGCAUCUACACAACCCUUUGUUAGAAUCGACUAGUCCAUUUACACAUGACACCUCUGACAUCAGUCAUCAGGGCUAUGUGGGGAUGGUGAAAAAUGCAGUGGCUGAGAUGGAAGAUGAGAUGGAGACACUUAUUGAAGAAGUCAAGUUGUAUGACGCAGCUGGAAAACAGAUGACAGAUGAGGUAAUUGAAGAAGUGUGGAGUCCGCCUCCGGACAGGCUGAUGAUGAUGCAGCUGAACGAUGCAGUAGAUGUGACCCUGGAUGCCUACACAGCCCAUUCAAAACUUACAGUGUCUAAGGAUGGGAAAGAACUGAGAUUUAAUAAAGGCAGACUGUUGUUUCCAUCUUUAUUUGCAAGGGGAUUUGAAAUUCAACCCUUUGUCCUUGGGAAAGAUGGCUUUUCCUCAAGCAGGUUCUACUAUGAAGUUCAGGUCAGUCAAAGUACCAGCUGGGUCUUAGGAGUUGUCAAAGAAUCCAUUAACAAGCAGAGCUAUUUGUUUCUAUGCCCCGAGAAUGGAUGCUGGACAAUUUCUGGAGUAACAGGUCAAUUUGGCCAGCAAUUUUCCCCCAACACUGCAAGUGUUAGUAGACCCCGGUACCAGAGCAACUCCCAGACAAUUGGUGUGUUUGUCGAUUAUGAGGAGGGAGAGGUCUCCUUCUAUGAUGUGGACACCAGGACUCCAAUCUUGUCCUUUACAGGUUGUACCUUCACUAAGCCUACCCAGCCUGAACCACCACUGAAGGCUCUUCUAUAUACAUUUACUGGCACUCCCUUAAGGAGCAGAACGAAGCUCUACCCUUUUUUUGGUAUGUUUGGGGGUUAUGAUGAUUCACUUAAAAUCAAUCCAUUAGGCCACGCAGUUUGAAGUGCCACAUACACCAAGGAAAAUUGUGACUAACUUCUAUGAGAAAGUUCAGUCAUUUUAGAGUUCUCAUUCAUAUAUCAGUAUUGUUUGUGGUCCACCAAUCAGAAGAUCAGUAGUAGAGUACAGUCCAUUAACCAUUUACAUAUCUCUUCUUUGUUGCAACCUUCAGCAGUUUUUGGGCAAAGCAAUUCAAGUAGUUGACCAGGAGGUGGCAUUAUUGUUUCAACAAUGUUUAGGUCUGUCUUUGAGAGAGGCUGGGGGGUGGGCAAAGAGUGGAUGAUGGCAUCAGCAUCAUGGGAACGCAACUUAAUCUCACUGCCACUUUCAACAAUGCUUUUACUGUAUAUGUGCAUGUAACGUGUCUAGAAAUAAUUUAAAUUAUGAGAUGGUACUCUGAACAUUAUGUUUUGAUCACAUCAUGUGAAAGCUACUGACUCCAGUUUCCACAGUUCAUUAUUUUUUAAAUGACCAAGUUUAGUUUUUAGAUGCUAAAUUUGGCCUGCUUGGGCUUUUGGCCGGCCAAAAUAUCUGCUAAAUGAGUUGUAUGAGAUUUAUUUUGCAGCAGUAUCUUUGUUUUUGAUUACAUUAACUGUAACUCUUGUCCAAUAAAACACCAUCUCCUGCUUAUUCAAUUCACACAUCAGCUGCACUGGAAAAGUGCAAAAGUGAAGCUGUUUUCUACACAUCUUUACACUGAGACAAAAUUAUUCUAUUUCAAGACUACUGUAGCCUACCUUUAUUUUUCUUUAUUUUUUCUUCAUUAUUUAUUAUAUAAAGGCAUAUGGCAGGAAA